AUGAGCAACAAUAGAAAGAAGGCCCUGUUGAAGAUUAUCAUCCUUGGUGACACCGGCGUCGGGAAGACCUCGCUUAUGAACCAGUAUGUGAACAAUCGGUUUAGCUCCCAAUACAAAGCCACCAUCGGCGCGGACUUCCUCACCAAAGACAUUCAUAUCGACGGAAGGACGGUCACUGUACAGGUGAGGGAGUUUUGAUGUUGUUUUUUGGUUUUUAGGUACAAAACAAAACAAUUUUUUGUGUUCUUCCAGAUCUGGGACACUGCUGGUCAAGAGCGCUUCCAAUCUCUCGGUGUGGCCUUUUACCGAGGAGCCGACUGCUGUGUUUUGACCUACGACAUCACCAAUUCGAAUUCUUUCAAGUCCCUGGAAACCUGGAGAGACGAGUUCCUCGUCCAAGCCUCACCCCGAGACCCAGAGAACUUCCCAUUCGUCUUGUUGGGCAAUAAAUUGGAUCAAGAGCCAAGAAGAGCGGUCACCACCAGAAGAGCGGAUAAUUGGUGUCAAAAUAAAGGGGGAAUCCCAUACUUUGAGGUGAGUUGUUUGCAAAAAUAUGAUAUUUACUGAUAAUUCAUUGAAUUUUGAGAAGAUUUGAGCAGUUUAGGCACGUUAAUUGCACAUGGUUUAUAUUACACUUGACCAAAAAUUUUUUAGGUCUCUGCCAAAGAAGGUUCCAACAUCGAAGACGCGUUCCAAGCCAUUGCUCGUGCAGCCCUAGCCCGCGACUCUCAAGACUCCCUGCAUGACUACCCCGACUUUCCCGACCAGAUCCGGAUCAGCCCAUCGGACCGAAACCGGGACAGCGGCAGUUGCAACUGCUAA